AUGCUGUGGAGGGAGUGUGGCUUCAAAUAUACUCAUCUCUUCUGUUUCACCGCAACUCACAACACCCAGUCUCUGAUGUUAGAUGGUGCAGAGCAUCAGUACCAGUCCGUGCAGUGUUUUUCCAUGGGCUCCACUGUGCAGUCUCAAACCAGGGGCAUCUGGAUGUGGUGUGUGCCUCAUCCCGAGAAACCUGACCACACCCUAGUUUUGCUUGACACCGAGAGCCUAGGAGAUGUUGAGAAAGGUGACAACCAGAACGACUGCUGGAUCUUUGCCCUGGUUAUACUUCUAAGCAGAACCUUUGUCUACAACAGCAUCGCCAUCAACCAGCAGGCCAUGGACCAGCUGCACUAUGUGACAGAGCUGACAGACAGAAUCAGAACAAGAUGCUCCCCUGACCAUCAAGAUUUGGAGGACUCAGAUGAAUAUGUGAGCUUCUUCCCAGACUUUGUGUGGACUCUGAGAGACUUCUGUCUUGAACUGAAAAUAAAUGGGCAACCUGUCUCAGCAGACGAAUACCUAGAGAAUUCCCUGAAGCUUCUUCAAGGUUGUAGUCAAAAAGAAAAAGAAAAAGAGUUAAAUCUGCCUCAGCUCUGUAUCCGUAAAUUCUUCCCAACUAAGAAAUGCUUUGUCUUUGAGCGCCCAGCACCCGGGAAGAAGAUUGGCCAGCUGGAAUCACUGCAGGAAGACCUGGACUCUGACUUCAUGAAACAAGUGGCAGAGUUCUCUCCCUAUGUUUUCAGGUCUUCCAAGAUUAAAAAAAUUCCAGGAGGCCUCAAGGUCAAUGGACCGCAACUAAAGAGUUUGGUGACAACCUAUGUGAUCACCAUCAGCAAUGGGUCUCUGCCCUGCAUGGAGAGUGCUGUCCUGGCUCUGUCAGAAACAGAGAACUCAGCAGCAGUGUGAAAGAUCAUUGCCCACUAUGACCAGCAGAUGAGCCAGAGUCUGAAGCUGCCCACAGAGACCCUCCAGGAGCUGCUGGACGUGCACAGGAGCAGUGAGAAAGAAGCCAUCAAUAUUUUCAUGGAAAAUUCCUUCAAAGAUGUUGACCAAGUGUUCCUAACAAAAUUAGAGACGGAAUUAGAAAGAAAACAAAGGGAAUUCUGUAAGAAGAAUCAAGAGGCAUCCUCAGAUCGCUGCUCAGUUCUGCUUCAGGAUAUUUUUGGUCCACUAGAAGAAGACUUGAAGCAGGGUGUUUUUUACAAACCAACGGGUUACUGUCUUUUCAACCAGAAGAUACAGGAGUUGAAGAGAAAGUACUAUGAGGAACCUGGGAAGGGGGUGCAGGCUGAAGAAGCUCUCAAGAAAUUCUUGCAGACAAAGGAUGAUAUAAUAGAUGCAGUUCAACAGAAAGACCAGAGUCUGAUUGAAUGUAAGGCAAAAGUUAAGGGACAAUUUGUGGAGAAUGCCUCAAAACUGCUGGAGGAAAUUCAAAAGAAGAAUGACCAGUUGAUAGAACAGCAAGAGCAGAAGCACCAGGAGCACAUGAAACUGUUGCUUGAGAAGAUGGAAAGAGAACAGGCACAGCUGAGGGAGGAGCAACAAAGAGCCAUUGAGCACAAAAUUAAGGAAAGGGAGAAAAUUCAGCAGGAGUGUGAAAGACUUCGGAAAGAGAAUGAGGAUCUCAGGGGGAAAGCCAGUUCCAGAUGUAUCAUAAGCUGA